AUGCCUUGGCUGACUCAUCAUCCGAAGUUGAGGGCCUUGAAAACAUACGCCUGUGGUGGAGAUGGAAGCUCUGAUCUCGAGGCAAGAUUCGUGGCAGCUGGUUCACUGCGCGAAUGCGUGGACAGAUGCCUCAUCAUGACCCGCCUUGACACCAUGCAAGUCGGGCUAGAGUCUGGGCUGGAGCGCUGUGCCCUGCGCGGCUCAACCGUGGCAGUUCCUGCGAUGGCAGCACGUAAGGACGAUGCCAACCGGUCACUGCGGCUGGACCCAGAGAUGGCGCUGAACAUGCUUGCCGCCGUGAUGGGUGGCCUGGUCUUGCUUCUGCUCCUCGGGCCUCAGUUUUCGCUGCUCGCCGUGCUAUGCUGCCGCCGCUCGCCGACGCCCACGGCGCUCCCGGCGAUCGUAGGCGAGGAGGACAAAGGAGCGGAAGGCCUCCUUCGGCACCUCAUGUUCUUGUUGCUUUUCAUGCCGGGCGUGGGCGGGUGCUGGAUCUGCGUGCUGGGCGGCGGCGUUCUCGGCGCGGCCAUCGCGCGCGCGGCCGCACGACGCGGCGUGGCCACGACGCUGCUGGAGAAGUCCUUCGUGGGAAGUGGUGUCAGUGCCGGGAACACGGGCAUCGCGUGCACGAUGCUGGGCAUCCAGAAGGACACCGAGGAGUGGCGCUGCCUGACUGAGGGCCGCCCUUUGAACUUGCCCACGUACCAGAGCUUGGGCAUACCCCACCGAUCGACGGGAGCGCUAUACGUCGCCUGGUCGCCCGAAGAGUUUCGGGCCUUGGACGUGCUGCAGGGCCAAGAGGCAAAAUCAGAGAUGGUCUCGCCGGAGGACCUAAGACUUCGGCAGCCUAAGCUCGCUGCUGCGAAGGGCGCGCUCUUCGUGCCCGAAGAGGUCACUGUGGACCCAGGCCUUGUCGUCCUGGCCUAUGCCGCAGACGCUGUCCGGCAUGGCGCCGCCAUUUUCGAAGAGACCGAGGCGGCGGCGUUGGUGGCUGUUGGGAGGGCCUAA